AUUUCAAAAUUCAAAUCCUCAGGAACUCAGGAAAGAUUUUUAAUUGUUUCAACAUGAUUGAACCUAAAUUAUCUUCUAAUAUUAUAAAUUUUUAAUUCCAAGCUCUGAAUGACAUGAGUAAUUUCCUUUUCUACUCAUUUUCACUAAUUUAUUGGAGGACUUAAUCAUGGAAGAUCCAUCUCAAGUGAAGCAUUCCAUCAGUCUGUUUGACUUUUCCCAUAUUUCGUCUGAUUCACUCAGUUACCCGUCUAGUUAUGAAACAUCUGCUCCAUCAAGAAGGUUUUCAUUAAUUGAUCUUGACUCAAGGAAAACCUCAACCUCCACGGAUUACAGUUUUCCAGCACUGCAUAAUUUUAAUCAUCCAUUUGAGAUACGAAUCCCACCAAGUGCCUCUGUCUGCCCGCCACAGCAAGACGAAGGCUAUGUUACACCAGAUUUUGAUGGAUACGAACCUGUAAGUGAAUUUGAAGAGCCCGAUGAACCUAGGGCUGAAUCCUCUCCAGGUCACUCAUGGACUUCUCUAAUUGGCAUUGGCAGCAGCGAUAAACCGCUACUAAGUAGUUACAAGGAUGAAGAGUCUAUUUCCAAGAUGAUGCAAUGGCUGGCACCCAGCAACAACAAGGGCUGGUAUCAGAAUGACCCAACAGUUGUUAGUUUGCAGGAAUUAAUUGACAAUCUAAGAUACCUCCUAGUAGGGGUUCCAUCACGCCUGUUUUUACUUAAUCCAGAAACAAAUAAGUUCUCCAUUGCUGAGAAUAUCAAAUUACGUGGAACGUCUGAAGCAUUCUUAUCUGCACUAGUCAAAGAUUUUUUGUCCUGUGGUAACACAGCACACCACUUAGAUAACUUAGCGUCCAACCCUGACAGGAGACGUCAUGGUCUAGUUUACGAUACAUUGUGUGAAGCCCUGUCUGUGUACCUGCAGUCUGUUCGCUGUUCAGUCCUCCUUUUGGACCUAUCUACCACAUCGCUUGCCUCAAUCUUGCACACCACUGCACCACUCCGUUCCCAACUCCAAACAGUGAGCUGUGCUUGUCAUGGUCUGAGUAUACCUCAGCCCCCCUCCGGUGGUCACCUAAUUGAUAAUCUUUUCUCUGAGCUUCAAGCCACACCCACUAAAGAAGAUGCUAUGGUUGUUUAUUCAUUACUUCAGCCAUGUUUGGGCGUUUAUUUUAGGUGGCUGUUCAAAUGGAUUUUUGAAGGAGAGAUAAAUGACCCACAUCAAGAGUUUUUCAUUGACAAAAAAUUCCCUCAAGUUAUAUCGAACUCACGGAGCUUUUGGACUCGUGGCUUUGUGUGUGUAAACAAACUUCUUCCCUCCUUUCUGAGUGAUCUCCGAGAUGAGAUUUUAGCCUGUGGGAAAACAGUUUGUCUUCUCAAAAUAUGUGAUCCAGAUAAUCCACUCUUCAGGCUCAUCGAUGAAACUGGUAUUGUUUCAAAAAUUUGUGAUAGUUGUGAUUCGAUUGAGGAUCUUCAGUUUGCGAUGGAUGCCUACUAUCAACACUGCAAAGAAGUGUUACGAACGGGUGAUAAAUUCAAAUUCUCAGCCUCUAAUGAAAGAGAGGAGCAACUCCAAGAAGCAGCUAGACAGGCUCAUGAGCGCAAUUUAGCUCUCUAUGAAGCCAAGCGAAGAAAGAGGUUAGAAGAAAUUGCAGAGAAGAAGUACAAAGAGCUGUUGGAUUUAAAACAGCACAUCAAUGAAAUGAGACUGCGAAAAGAAGAACAACAGAAACUAAGACUAGAAGCAGAAAAUAAAUGGCUAGAGCAAAUCAGAAAAGAACAUGAAUUAGAUUUAAUUCUUGAACAGACCAGACAGGCCAAAAUUGGUGAAUUUUACAAGUCCCUUCUUGAAACGUCCCAAAAACGUGUAGCUUUGACUGUUUGGAAACUAAAGCGAACCAAGCUGUCUGAGCACAGAGCUCACUUCUUCCGCAAUGAUACCCUCUCAGAGGCUUCUGAAGCUCCAUCCUCAUUUGACCCUCCCAAAGCAGAAGAUAUUCAACCUUUAGAUGCCACAGAUGCACCAUCAGCAGAAUUGGUUAGAAGUUUAAUAGAUCAGUUGGACGAUCCACUUGAUAAAACCACAGAAUAUGAGACAUCACUGUCAAUUGAAUCAAAACCAAGUGUAAAUGACCUAAAUUUCAGAGUAUGGCUCUCAAAUAAAGACCAAGCGUUAAAAAAUAGAUUGAAAAUUCUGUCAUCAGGAAUGAGUAAUUUCUACGCAGAAAUUGGUCCUGAGUCCAAAAAAACUGAUGUCACACCAACUGAUAAUCCAACUGCUUUUCAAGAAGAUGAAAAAGCUCAGAAAGUAAAACAUAAGGAAGAAAUCCCAUCAUCAGGCGCAGGUGAUACAUUGCCAAACAGUAGCCUGGCAUCUCAUGGCGAUGAUGUUCAGACCACCAACUCUGAUGGAAAAACAGAGGCAUUAAAAAAUAAAGAAAAGGUCCUCUCAUCAGGCAUAUUUGAUAUCUUAACUAACAAGAGUUCAGAGUUUAAAGUCAGUCAAACCACAAAAAGCCUGAAAACUGAUCACCUUGAUUAUAAUAAAGAACAGGCAAUAAAAAAUAGAGACAAAGUUCUAUCAUCCGACCUGGGUGAUAUUUUAGCAGAUUUCAUUCCUGAGCAUAAAGCUGAUAAUAGUGUGAAGAAAGCAACCAGUAAAAAUUCAAAUGAAAAAUUUGACGAAGGGCUCACAGCUUCCAAAGGCUCCACUAGUAUUAAAUCUUCCAUCAUUAAUAUUAACGAAAGUUCCAUUUCUAACAACGAUACCUGUAUGUUACCAACUGACAACCGGAAACUUUCUCUGGGAAGUGAUGAUAAGUCUCGGAGUGUGACUGAAGAGAAGUUCUGUGCAUCAGCAAAUGACAAUCAGUCUUUCAACUCAAACCUGAAUGAUAAACUCUUUAACUUGGGAUGUAAUCGCAGCAGUGAAGAUAGAACUGAUGGUUUAAAUAUAUCCCCUAAAUCAAAUAAUAUUUCUGUGCCUUCCGCAAAAAGCUGUAAGGACGAAUUAGUCUGUUCUGUAGAAAUGGAACACACCAGUGAGUACUCUUACUCUGCAAGUGAUCCAGUUAUUACCUCUGAUUCUGUUGUCAUAAAUUCUGUUAAUUUGUGUGAUGAAAGUUUAAAACGAGAUCCAGACUUUUCAAGCUUUUCUGGUGAUAAAACCACCUCUUCAAGUGAUGUUAUGUCGUCACAUUUAUCAGAGCUUGAAAAUAUUCAUUAUUCAAAUCUCUCUGCAAUAUCUUUAAGGGUGGAUCCCUUCAACAAAAUUCUUUCAGUUUCAAAUCAACCGCGGUCAUUCAACCUUACCACAGCUCUUUCACUUACAAUUGAGUCAGUACGUCUUCCCUUGCGGGUUCAAGCACUCAUUGCAAACCACGCCUUGAUGAAACAUUUUGUCCAAACGGGUCUUCUCAGUCAUCUACAGCUGCUUAAAAAACAUUACUUGCUCCAUGAUGCAGGCUGGAGGACCGGAUUAGUGUGUGGUUUGGCUUCGCGUUUUCAAGAGUUCAAGGGGCUGGAUGCUCGCCAAGUUAAUUGGUCUCGCGUUGCAAGUGAAGCAUUCUCUGAGGCUGUCUCCGAAGAAAUUGAUCCUGCAAUGUACCUUGUACUGGACAUUCAAAACCCACCUGCCAUUUUGGAUAUCACUGAGCUUGAGGUCUUUAAUAGCUUUUCACUCCAAUACCUGUAUGAAUGGCCGUUUAAUUUGAUAAUCACUCGUGAUGCCAUCGCCUGCUAUAACCGAAUCUUCACUUUCCUCCUUAAGGUUUCAUACGUCGAUUGGAUCUUGAUAAGUCAGUUCAAAUUACUUGGUGGCAGAACGAAAAGAGGCAUGCAUUACAAACAGAUCUGUUUGUUUCGCCACUCAAUGACGCAGUUCAUUCACCCUUUGGCAUGCUUUCUUCACGAGAGUGUCAUUCAAGUAGAAUACAGUCAUCUUCUUAAAGAACUUGAGCAAGAUUUUUGUAUUGAUUCUGUCUACCAUAAGCAUGGUGCCUAUGUCAAAGCGGUCGCACUCAACUGUUUCCUGACUUCUAAAGGAGAAAAAAUGGCCAUUGCCCUCAAUAAGCUAUUCAAAUAUGCGCUCCUUUUCAAUGAGGCACUUGUUCUUGGUACAUGGAGCGUCGAUCGCUCAACCAACACAUUCGUUCACUCCAACUUUUCUCAACUUCAGGCUUGCUUCUCUAAAUUUUUACAACUCGCGAGGGAUACUAGAGACUACUUGCAAAAACUUACUGAUGAGGGCUACAGCAUGAAACUGCAAAAUUUAAUUGCUCAACUUUCACUUGGAAAGAGUUAGAAGCUUCACACGUUUUAUGUUACAUUUAGUGUGUAAUUCUUAAGAAUACUACUCACAAUGAGGAUUGUUUUGUUAUUGAGGCACCAGGUGCAAGGAGAGUUUGUGCUUUCUCGAGAAUAACUGCAUUAGUCAUACUGUUAAACUUUAUUGCCUGUUUAAAUCAAAUUUAACCACCCAGUGCUCUCUAUUGAAAUCAAUAUAGUGGUCCUAAAUUAUUUGGCCAUCUCUACGCAAAAUGUAAUAGCAAAUAUGUAAUAAAACUUGCACUGUAACGUAUAUGUAAUCUGUACCCAAUAACAAGUAAAACUGAGCUACUUAAGGCUGUUUGGCAUUGAGUAAUGUCAUUUCUAACCUAAUUCAAUCAAUUGGCUCAACAACAUGCCAUAUCAACGGUGAAUUUGGAAAAAUUCGUAACUUCUUUGCUUUCUUUUGGAAUCUCAGCUCCAAUGUUACUUUUUAAAAGGAGAUCAAACUAACAUUACAACUUGAAAUUUUUGCAAAGUAUUCUUUAUGGAGAAGAAAAAUCACGAAAGUUUUUAAGAAAUGAUGUUAAGUUGUUUUCCAUGUAGAAAAUAGAAAAGUUAAUCAGGAAGGCUGCAACACCUUAAACGGAAAUAUGUAUAUCUGGUGUUUUAAUGGCCCCCUAAGUAUCCAUCAUUUUGUGAACUCGGAUUGCAUUGCGUUCCAUGUAGACAAUUCAUACUUGAUCUAAAUGAAAUUUCAAGAUAACUCACUUGCUGAGUGGUGUAAAAAUGUGUUUUUUUUUUUUUAGAAAAUCACAGACAGAAUCCAAACGCAUUGAUUUUUUCUUCAGACCCGAAUGGUUGCAUCUGACUGCUGUUGUAAAAUUAAUAUUCACUGAAACAGUUCUCAUAGAAUCUUUGAUUCUGGAAAAAGUUUCCAUGUCAUAUGAACAGAGGUUAACAGAAAUGCCACAAGUUGCUGCGCACAGUUUGAACUGUGAAAGAGAGAUUUGAAGUUUAAUACCUACGUAAAACCCAAUGUUAGAGACAAAGUUUAAGGACUGUUUUCAUGUUGGGAAUAUUUUUCCCCGAUAAAGGACUGUUUUCACAUUUGGAAUAUUUUUUCCCGACUUUGAUUUUUUCACAGGAGAAAAUUAACAACUGGUUUAAUUCAAAACUACUGGCAACUCAUUUAUUUUUCUCAAGUACAACUUGAUGCGUCUCUUUUUAACUUGGUCCAAGUGGUGACUGUAAUUUUUUUUUAUCUGAUCUGUUUAUCAAACUCUGUUUUGUGGCCAUUGUCUUUUCCUCUCUGUUAUUUGGAAUGAAAUCUCAAGUUAUGCAGUUUUUUUCAGUAUUUAUUUUUUCUAUUUUUGUAUACAUCCAAGUAAUUUUUGUUAUUUUUACGUUUAUUGUUGAUUCUCCGUACUGGAAAUAAAAAAGCCAAACUAUUCUUUUUGAA